CAAUUUCAGGUGACAGUUAGGGAAACCGACCAGCGUCCACACGGAAACCUGCAUGCGAAUGAACUGCGCAAACAACGAACCAUUUUAUUACAGCAAUUACCUUGCUACUACACAUUAGUUUAAGAUAGAUCUAACGAAACCAAACGGCUCUUUAUUUUUGUUAACUAAUCGACUGAACUGCAUUCUACUGCUUCACAAAUUGUUGCUACUUCCGUGAAAUAACCCUGACCAAGUCGAAUUCUAGAGCAAUCUAGCUACGAGCUAUUCUUUUUUGCGCGAUUUCGUUAUCGGAAUGUCGGACAAUCCAGGGGACGCAAAGUUGGAGCUGAAACAAGCCAGUAAAGAAGUAAAGGAGAGCGAGAACGUGGCGGAGAAAUACUCAGCCAUGACAGUGAGCAAGAACAGCGAAAUUACCAUGAAUGAACUGUCAGUGUCGUCCACUGCUUUCUUCGGUGCCGUACCUACUCACAAACCUGUCAAAAAGCAAAUCCAGUUUGUGGAAGACAAGCAAGAGUUUAGCAGGUUCCCUACCAAGACUGGACGACGCUCCCUUUCUCGGUCUAUCUCUCAGUCAUCCACCGACAGCUACAGUUCAGCUGCAUCCUACACAGACAGCUCUGAUGAUGAGACUUCACCACGGGAAAAAACACAGCUCAACUCCAAGGGCACUGGUGACUUCUGUGUGAAGAACAUUAAACAGGCUGAAUUUGGUCGUCGUGAGAUUGAGAUUGCAGAGCAAGAUAUGUCAGCAUUAAUCUCGCUCAGGAAGAGAGCCCAGGGAGAGAAGCCACUUGCUGGGGCUAAAAUCGUUGGCUGCACUCACAUCACUGCCCAGACUGCCGUGUUGAUUGAGACUCUGGUGGCUCUAGGGGCCCAGUGUCGAUGGACGGCGUGUAACAUAUACUCCACACAGAACGAGGUGGCAGCUGCCCUCUCAGAGAUUGGUGUGGCGGUUUUUGCCUGGAAGGGGGAAUCAGAGGAUGACUUCUGGUGGUGUAUCGACAAAUGUGUCAACAUGGAGGGCUGGCAGCCGAACAUGAUCCUUGAUGACGGAGGGGACUUGACCCACUGGGUGUAUAAGAAAUACCCCAACGUUUUCAAAAAGAUCAGGGGCAUUGUGGAGGAAAGUGUGACAGGGGUCCACAGAUUGUACCAGCUUUCCAAAGCAGGCAAGCUGUGUGUGCCAGCCAUGAAUGUAAAUGACUCUGUGACAAAGCAGAAGUUUGACAACCUCUACUGCUGCAGAGAGUCUAUUUUAGAUGGGCUGAAGAGGACUACAGAUGUGAUGUUUGGAGGGAAGCAGGUGGUUGUCUGUGGUUAUGGAGAAGUCGGGAAAGGUUGCACUGCUGCACUUAAAGCCAUGGGGUCUAUCGUCUACGUCACAGAGAUUGAUCCCAUCUGCGCCCUGCAGGCUUGCAUGGAUGGCUUCAGGGUGGUCAAGCUGAACGAAGUCAUCCGCCAGGUGGACAUUAUCAUCACGUGCACUGGGAAUAAGAGCGUGGUGACCAGAGACCAGCUGGACCGCAUGAAGAACGGCUCCAUCGUGUGCAACAUGGGACACUCCAACACUGAGAUUGAUGUGGCAAGCCUGCGGACCCCAGAGCUCACCUGGGAGAGAGUGCGCUCUCAGGUCGACCACGUCAUCUGGCCUGAUGGCAAGAGGGUCAUCCUGCUCGCCGAGGGUCGUCUUCUGAACCUCAGCUGCUCUACGGUUCCCACCUUCGUCCUGUCAAUAACCGCCACUACCCAGGCUCUGGCUCUUAUUGAGCUGUACAAUGCUCCAGAGGGCCGCUACAAACAGGAUGUCUACUUGCUGCCCAAGAAGAUGGACGAGUAUGUUGCCAGCCUGCACUUGCCCACCUUUGAUGCCCACCUGACAGAGCUUUCAGAAGAGCAGGCAAAAUAUCUGGGCCUCAACAAGAAUGGCCCAUUUAAACCCAACUACUACAGGUAUUAGCUUACAAGAAUGAACCAUGACUGCACUCCUUUACUUUGAUAAAUCCUGGAAUUGAUGGACAGAAGGCCAUUCAGUAUAUAAAACAUCUUAAGAGACUUUGACAGAGACAGUUUUCAGCAUAAUUUUUUUAGUAAGCUAUUGUGUUUCUUCUAAUCUAAAGUGUUGCUCAGUUGCUUUGUGUGUUUUCUUUGUCAUUAGUUCUGUAAAUAAGAAACCAACAUACUGUACAUGACUUGACUGGCCAUGAAUGACCCAUUGAAAGCACAGCACUUAAACUUUUUCCAAUUGUAAUUUCUUACCCCACCGGAAUAUACAGAUCUUAAUCAUUUAUUGUUAGUUUGAUUGAUGUUUAUAUUAUUGUGCCAAAUGAUUGUGUAAGGAAGGGUUAUGAAUUAAGAUGGAUAUUUGUUUUCUGUAUUAAUGUCGCUACACUCUGAAAUAAUUACAUUCCAGCCAAGAAAAUAUAGAGAAAGUUAGAAAAGAGACUCAACCUGACAGUAUUCCAUUUAAACACAUCGUUAUAUUUCCCACAUAGAUUUAUAGCCUCAUAAAUGUUUACUACCAGCUGGUUAUUUUACUGAUCUUUAUAUCACUCCCUUGGAAACAGAUUUUAUUACAUUUUUAUUAAAUGUAACUUUUAUUCAAUUAAAUGGCUAUCUUUACUGACGAUAAUAACUUAAGGAGGUUAAGUAGACAUUCAUUAUGUAAUCACUGCAUAGUACAUGUAUGCAUGUACAGCUCAGACAUACAAUAGUCUUCACCGUCAGCAUAGAGAAAUGUAGAAACAUAUGGAAUCUGUUUAUCAGGGACGGUAUGUAUAACCAUAAGAGAUUGUCCAGUCUCACAUAGUACUAACUGGUUUGGUUGGCUGGUUUCCCACAAGGGACCAGUAUGGAAGUCAUUUUAGAUGCGAUAACAUAUUUAAAUGAAAAUAACGCAAUAUCGAAUGCAUUACAGAAGUCAUAUAACAACUAAAGGAUCAUUGUGGAUUUUUUCCUUCCCUCCAAGUAAUGUGGAAUUUAAAAGUUGUCUUUUUUUAAUAUCAUUUUUAAUAUGUAUAUUUUUGUAUUAUGUAGAAUUUCUAAUAUUGUUUUGAGUUGAGAGUCCUGUUUUCUCUUAAUGAUUGUAAUGUUCCUGAUCACCAUGUUGUCCUUCUAAGUAACUAAGGUGUUCAUGUCACCAUCCCAUAGUCUUAAAGGUCACCACCGCAACGUCAUCAAGCAACUGUUGUUUUAAAGUUGAGUGUCCUAGUGAUAGUAAUUAUGAAGACUGCAAACUGCAUAUUUGAUGUAGAUUGUGCCAUCUGCUGAUGGUAUUACAGGGUAAAUGGAGGGUACAUAAUUUGGACAGUGUUUAUCUAUAACUCCUGCAUUUAGGAGUGCAGGCAUUAUCACCCUGAUCUGUUAAUAUAGGUUACUGAGUCCAUUCACUACACAAUACAUUACUCAUCUGCUGAGGUUUGCCAUCUUUUCAAGUAUUCUUCCAUUUUAUCUGUGUGAAGCAGAUAGCUUUCUAUAUGUCUGUAUUUCAGCUGAUGCAACUGUGAGAAGCGCUUUCAUCUUUGCGCUACAUUAAGCUAUUGGGCAUUACAACCAAGGACAUUUGUGUGAGAAGGACAUUGUUGGCAGGGUAUUGGUGUCAAAACCUUGGUUGCUGGUCAAGUGACAGUGCCUUGUGACUCAUCUGCUACUGCACAAAUUGGACAUUUUAUGGGACUGUAUUUCUCAAAUCUCUUCCUCUAUGGAAGCAUAUACAAGUUGCUUUGCACCAAAACAUGCAUAACUGAAGUGGUCUGUUAUAGAUACAUACCCAUUUGUAGUUCCAAAACUGCUUGAUGUGUCAGCAUUUUCAAGGUACAUCCAGUGAAAGCUAGAAAACUAGUUGGUAUUCCUUGUUUUAUCAUUAUUUUGUUAGUAAAUACUUCAAUUUCCUGCUUUGGUUAUUGUUACAGCACUACCUAGAACAUGCUACCAAGUAAAAUGACUCAUCUUCCACGCGGUCUUUAUAUGCUCCAAGCAGAUUACAAUUUCUCUUUUAUUAAAAUCAGUUUUAUUUAAAGGAAUUGUCCUUAUUUUAAAUGUGCUUAUACUGUCAAAACCCAAGUACUAGCUUGAUGUCAUAACAACUGACACAUUUUCAGUUUAUGAAAUACUGUCUAACAGUCCAGCAACAUUAGGCAAAUCAGUUUUGCUGUUUCUCUAACCAAAAUCAGUGAAGAUCUCUUGUGAAAUACCGAUUAUACUUAUAACAGUGAAGAUUUGAUCAAAAAAAAAA